AGCCAGAGGAAGGAGAGCGCACACAUUCCGAUUUUUACGCACCGGGUCCAGACCACCGACUGUUCAUGUGCGCGCCAACGGCGUUUUAAUAACAGAUUAAGAAAAUAACAAUAAUAAAGUCGGAUCAUUUGGACAUUUUUUUGGUGUUGGCCGUUUGCUUUUGCACCGAUUCUAACGGAGAAGGAGGCUGGAGCAGAUGGAACCACUUGGUCCGUCUGGACUCAGUACGCGCGACCGCUCCGCUCAGACCUUAGCAGGUAUCGGUGAGAAAGGAGGGCGUCUUAUUUAAGGAUUAUAUUUCUGUUCCAAAUAAACCCGGCCGGCACGUCUGAAUUGGAACUACAUGGACUGAGGGGAUCUAACUUCCACUCCUGGGUAAUCGCAUUCUGCAGGAGCCGCGCGCAACCGACACAUUUGCGCCGACGCGGUAAAGGAGACCAACCGGCUCAGCCAUGGAGGUGGCGGCGGAUCAGUCUCGAUGGAUGGCGCAUCAUCACGCAGUGCUGAACGGCCAGCACCCGGACUCACACCACCACAGUUUGAGCCACAACUACAUGGAGCCCAUGGCGCCUUUACUGCCCCAGGACGAAGUCGAUAUGUUUCUGAACCACUUGGACUCUCAAGGGAACCCCUACUACACCAACUCCAGGGCAAGGGUCACCUACAGCCAAGCGCACGCUCGUCUCACUGGGAACCAAGUUUGCCGUCCACACCUCAUCCACAGCCCCGGCAUUCCGUGGCUGGACCCCGGGAAAGCCGCUCUGUCCGCGGCACACCACCAUAACGCAUGGGCGGCCGUCAGCCACUUCAGCAAACCCGGCCUGCACCCCACCGGCUCCGGGUACCCGUGCACCAGCAGCACCGGCACAGCCCCGGUGUCGUCGCUCACUCCGGCCUCCCACUCCAGUCCGCACCUCUACAGCUUCCCGCCUACCCCGCCGAAAGACGUGUCUCCGGACCCCGGCCCCACCUCCCCGAUUUCCACCGGCACCAGGAUGGACGACAAGGAUUCGAUCAAGUACCAAGUGCCGCUGACGGACGGCAUGAAAAUGGAGAGCUGCAGUCCGCUGCGCAGCGGCCUGGCCUCCAUGAACAGCCAGGCCCCGGCUACUCACCACCCUAUCCCGACCUACCCGGCCUACCCUCUGCCUACUCCACACGAGUACAGCGGCAGCCUGUUCCACCCCGGCAGCCUGCUGGGCGCGUCCUCCUCCACUUUUACGCCCAAAUGUAAAAGCAAAGCCCGGUCGAGCUCAGAAUUUUAUGCAGAGGGCCGUGAAUGUGUAAACUGUGGUGCCACCUCCACCCCGCUGUGGCGACGAGAUGGCACCGGCCACUACUUGUGCAACGCCUGUGGACUGUACCAUAAGAUGAACGGCCAGAACAGACCGCUUAUCAAGCCUAAACGUAGACUGUCUGCGGCUCGACGUGCGGGCACCUGCUGCGCAAACUGCCAGACCACCACCACCACCCUGUGGAGGCGCAACGGGAACGGAGACCCGGUGUGUAACGCCUGCGGCCUUUACUUUAAACUGCACAACGUCAACAGACCCCUAACCAUGAAGAAAGAAGGCAUCCAGACACGCAACCGCAAGAUGUCCAGCAAGUCCAAGAGGAACAAGCGGGCGGGUGACACCUUUGAUGAGCUGUCCAAGUGCAUGCAGGACAAAACGUCACCUUUUGCCAGUGCACCAGGACUCACGAGCCACAUGACCCAUAUGGGUCACCUGCCCCCAUUCAGCCACUCGGGACACAUGCUGCCUACUCCCACGCCCAUUCACCCUUCUUUCGGCCACCACCACCACCACUCUAACCGCUCGCCGGUCUGGGCUGAGCCUCACUGAAGCCCUGAUCACCGCCAGACCCUGUUCUUCUCCACCUGCAGGAGCCACCGCAUUGCCAUCAAGAUUUACAUGUCCUCAACAUCGCAUCAGAAGCUGAGCUGAGCUCAUGCGUCACAUACAGAGUGAGUGGCGAGGGGGUGGGGUUGAGGGGAGGGGUGGGGCUUAAUGACUGAAGGUCACCUCCCACUGGUCUCACUGGUGGAAGGACGCACAGACUUUUCUGGACUCUAUGAAGAGCCAAUGUGAGGAGUGUUUGUUAUAGUCCCCAAGUUGACUGGGACUUGCAGGAAGAGAGUAACUGGUGACGCAUAUUGUUCGUUUAGGCUAUUUUUGCUAAGUCACUUUGGUACACACGUCUCACCGACCCUGAAACAGGAGACCGGAGAGGACUUGCAGACAGACACUGUUUUCACAUCCCCGCAAUCUCUAAAUAUUUUGUGACACGUGCACUCUGCCCGUCCUCAGGCUGUUGUCGGACUCUCCAAUGCCGCACACCAGACCUGCCGGCGUUACCCACAAACCCAUGCUCUCUCUACACGCUGGACUCUACGCCUCAGCAGUUUUGAAAAGCAGACUUUUACAGGGAAACGUACACACGUAAAUAGAGUGUUUCUAAAUGCUUACUGCUAUUAUUGUUGUUAUAUUUGAUGUUAUAAUUAUUGCUGCGAUAAUUUAUUUUCAUCCUUGAGUUUUUGUCACAUGGAAACUGUUACGAAUUUAAAUUUGUGGUUCUUUACGUCAAGAAAAACACUGACCUAUCUUAGACGAAACGUCCGUGACCUGUAUGUUUUUAUCAUUUUUUUUUUCAUCUCACAAAAGUAAAAGAAAAUAAAGUUUAAUACUGAAGUCAUACUC